AUGGGGCCUCCUCUUUACCUCCUAUCAGAUUUGGCCCUUCCCUCCUACCAAGGAGACCGCUGGUAACAUUCACAUUUUUACAUGGAAUUUUUCGAAAUAAAGGGGGCGGUAUAGGAUUCGAACCCCCGAUAUCACUGCUAAGACCCUCCGACUCGCCCACUCGAGUCGCUUAGCCCUUCUUAAAUUGGUGAUUAAGGUGCAUCAGGUUUAUGUUCUGCUUUAGCAAAUUGCACUAAUCUCUAUAAUUUGGUACUUCAUCUUGAGAAUUUAAUUGGUGCAGUAGGUGCAUCAGAUCUAGGUUCUGCUUUAGCAAAUUGCACUAAUCUCUCUAAUUUGGUACUUAAUCUUGAGUAAAAACAGCUUAUUUGUUUUUGA